AGUUGUAGACUCAGUAUGAUAGGUCCAGGGAGGACUAGGUAUUAAGUUGUACAACUACAAGUUGGUGUUGCUUUAAUGGAUGAGAACAACAUACCUCCAUUGCAUUCUUUCUCUUACACUAACUGUUCUGCCUUCUUCCAUAUUAAUUUUUCUUUGUAAUAGCAAAUCUAUCUGCUUACUGAAUUUGUUUCUUCCCUGAAGAAAGAAAUGGUUGAGAAAGGCAGAGGCAUAUGGGCUUGGGGUUCCAUUAUCUGCCUCAUCUUGCUGCAACUUUUAGCUAAUUGCUUUCAGACAAAAGGAUCAAAUGUUUUUGCUUGGCGGUUUACUAGAUAUGGCAAUUAUGAGACUCACUACACUCAAAAGCGUUCUAGAAGGAAACUGGACGAUGUAGCUGGUUCCAUAAACAUGGAUUGUGGAAUACCAGAAGAUUUCAGCUACACCGAUGCCAGUACUGGCAUCCCAUACAUUUCGGAUGGGGGAUUCAUCGACACAGGAGUGAAUAAGAACAUAUCUGCCAACUUCAGUUCUGAUAAUCCUCCAACGUCUUUAAUGACUGUCAGAAGUUUUCCUCAAGGAAACAGAAACUGCUAUACCCUGAAACCACCAGAAGGCAAAGCUAGUAUCUACUUGAUCAGAGCCUCCUUCAUGUAUGGAAAUUAUGAUAAUCUGGGCAAGUUGCCAGAGUUCAGUUUAUAUCUUGGAGUUAAUUUGUGGGAUAAAGUGAAGUUUGACAAUUCAUCACAUGUAGUAAACAAGGAGAUCAUUCAUGUCCCUACAAUGGAUGACGUAUAUGUCUGUCUCCUGAACACUGGUUCAGGAACCCCUUUCAUAUCAGCUUUAGAGUUGAGGCAUUUCCAUAAUUCCACCUACAAAGCAGAAUCUGCAUCACUAGUUCUAUACCAACGCCUUGAUUUCGGCUCCAUCACCAAUGAGAUAGUAAGGUACCAUGAUGAUGUUUAUGAUCGCGUAUGGUUUCCUUACAACUGUCCUCAAUCUGCUGCAAUACAUACUCCCUCUGCAGUUGAUUCACUGGUUAGCACUGACUUCAAUCUACCAUCAAAGGUGAUGCAAACUGCUGUCCAGCCCAUAAAUGCAGAUAAACCACUCAACUUUGGAUUCGAUAUUGGCGAUCCCAAUGAAAAAUUGUUCAUUUACAUGCACUUUGCUGAGAUUGAAACUGUCCAAAAAAACCAAUCUAGAGAAUUUAACAUUGAAUUAAAUGGCGUCCUGUUAGAAGAAGGAGUUGUUCUCAAGUACUUGCACUCUACAACUAUACCUAUUGAGUCGGUAAGAGGAGCCAAGCUUAGCUUCAGUCUCCACAAGUUGCCAAAUUCUACCCUUCCUCCCAUUUUGAAUGCACUGGAAAUAUAUUUAGUGAAAGAUUUCUGGCAGCAACCAACCGACAAAGAAGACGUUAAUGCAAUUGAAGACAUCAAGUCAAUCUAUAACGUGAACAAAGUCUGGCGAGGAGAUCCAUGCAUACCUCUUCCAUCUUGGGAUGGCUUGUAUUGCAAUGAUAAUGGUUAUGAUCCCCCAAGAAUUAUUUCCUUGAAUUUGUCAUCCAGUGGAUUAACAGGAGAGAUUGAUAGAACAUUGUCCAAUCUUAAAUUACUGCAGCACCUGGAUUUAUCAGAGAACAGCUUAACAGGACGAGUACCUGAAUUUCUGUCAGAACUGCCAAAUUUGAGGACUUUGAAUUUAGCAGGAAACAAACUUUCUGGUUCGGUUCCUUUUGCUCUCGUUGAAAGAUCCAAUAAUGGGUUAUUGUCAUUGAGAUUGGAUGGGAAUCCAGAGCUCUGUCUGUUGUCUCCAUGUAAAGAAGAGAGGAAGCGUGCUUGGGUUCCAAUAGUUGCAACCAUUGUUCCAUUGGUAGUCAUCCUCAUGGCAAUGGCACUGGUGAUCCUGUGUAUUUACAAAAGAAAAAAUGUUGCACGGAAGUUCAUAGAUCGCCACAAAGAAGAAGGGUCGUCAUUGAAGUCAGACAACAGACAAUUCACAUAUGCUGAGAUUGUAAGAAUUACCAACAACUUUAGCACUGUUAUUGGGAAGGGGGGAUUUGGAACAGUCUACCAUGGCUACUUAAGUGAUGAUACCCAAGUUGCUGUCAAAAUGCUUUCUCCAACAUCAGAUCAUGGCUCAGCUCAAUUUCGAACUGAGGCUCACCUCUUGAUGAGAGUUCAUCACAGGAACUUAGCUUCAUUCAUUGGUUAUUGUAAUGAAAGCAGAAACACAGGGAUUGUCUAUGAAUACAUGGCCUGUGGAAAUUUAGAAAAUUAUCUAUUGGAUAAAGCAGUGCAGGUCCUGAGUUGGAAAGAGAGGGUGCAGAUUGCAUUGGAGGCAGCACAAGGGCUAGAGUACUUGCACAAUGGAUGCAAGCCACCCAUAGUUCACAGAGAUGUGAAAAGCGCCAACAUUUUGUUGAACGAUAAUUUACAGGCCAAGAUAGCUGAUUUUGGGUUCUCAAAAAUUUUCCCAUCUGACAGUAAGAGUCAUUUGUCAACCGGAGUUGUUGGCACCGUUGGUUACCUUGAUCCAGAAUAUUACUCAUCCGGCAGGCUAACUGAGAGAAGCGAUGUUUACAGCUUUGGAAUAGUUCUUCUAGAGCUGAUCACAGGCCAAUCUGCAGUAAUCAAAAACCAUGAUCAGAACAUUCAUAUUGUUAAUUGGGUAAGCCCAUAUAUCGAAAGAGGGGAUAUAAGAAAUGUGGUUGAUCCAAGACUAGAUGGAAAUUUUGAUACCAAUUCUGUAUGGAAAUUCGUGGAGAUAGCAAUGUCAUGUGUGCCAUCAAUUUCCAUUCAAAGGCCAACUAUGAACCAUGUAGUUGCAGAAUUGAAGGAGUGUUUGGUAACAGAAAUUGGUCGAGAACAGAGUUGCAAAGUGGAAGGGCAAAUAAGAAAUUCGUUUGAAAUGGUAACUGUGGAUCUUGAAACGGAAAUGGGUCCUGAAGCAAGGUAGAAGCGAAGCAGGGUUUCCACAAGUGUGUAAUUUAAGUCAUAUCUCUAGUUUUAUACAUACAUGAAUUUCUGAUUAUUAAUAGUGGUAAGACAAACAAGAAGAUGAUGGGUAGUGCUCAAUGAUGUAAAAUUCUUAUCAGUACUAUGGUCUUAUAAAUAAUUUAUUUAA